UUUAUGUCAAGAUGACGGUGACUGUUCCUGUUACUUCUGUUCUUGUAUUGCUGCUUGGUUUGGCACAGGAGUGUCUAGGACAAUGUGAGGAAGCCUCCAAAAUGACAGAGAUGGAUGUCAAUAUAAAAUACAGCCUCGAAAACUUUACCACUGAUUCGCCUAUACAAAAUAUGCUUCUCCACAGGGGCUAUGUGUAUGUUGGAACCAUAAACAGAAUCUACGUGUUGAAUGAAAACCUCACUAAGCUUUCAGAGUAUAAGGCUGGACCUGUGUUGGACCAUUCUAAUUGCUUACCAUGCAAAGACUGCAUGGUAAAUGGACAGUCAUCUAAUGCCACUUGGAAGGACAAUAUCAACAUAGCGCUACUGUUUAACGAUUUCUACGAGGAUCAAUUGAUAAGCUGUUGGAGUGCCCACAGUGGCGCCUGUCAACGCCAUGUGCUCAGCUUUGAAAAGCCUUGGGACAUUUCAAGUAAUGUUCAUUGCCUGUACUCAGCGCAUGUACAGAAGGAUACAGAUAAGUGUCCGGACUGUGUUGUUAGUGCCUUAGGAAGCAAGAUCCUCCUAACAGAAAACGAUAGAUUUGUUAAGUUUUUUGUAGGGAAUACGGUUAAGGAACCACAGUCUAAACUUCAUUCCAUUUCGGUGCGGCGGCUAAGAGAAACACAAGAUGGAUUUGAAUUUCUUGCGGAUAAGUCCUAUCUGGAUGUGCUUCCUCAGUACAGAGAGUCGUACCCUAUAAAAUAUGUUCAUGCAUUUGAAAAUAACAACUUUAUUUACUUUUUAACAGUGCAGAGAGAGUCCCUUGAUUCACAGGCAUUUCACACUAGAAUUGUCAGGUUUUGUUCUUCAGACCCUAAACUGCGCUCCUAUAUUGAAAUGCCCCUGGAGUGUAUAUUUACAGAAAAAAGGAGAAAAAGAUCAUCCACCAGAAAAGACAUUUUCAAUAUAUUGCAAGCUGCCUAUGUAGGCAAGGUAGGUCAAGCCUUGGCGGAGGAGAUGGGAUUAGGUUCAGGCGAUGAAAUACUUUAUGCUGUAUUUGCCCAAAGCAAACCAGACUCAUCGGAGGUCACUAACAGAUCCGCUGUGUGUGCUGUGCCUAUGAAGAUAAUAAAUGACUACUUUAACAAUGUGGUCGACAAACAUGGUACCAAGUGCCUGGAACACUUUUAUGGAAAGGACAGUCGAUUCUGUAAUAGCAAGACACUUCUAAGAAAUGCAUCCCACUGCUCAGGUCCAAUUGACGAAUACCGAGUAGAAGUCACCACUCCCUUACAACGUCUUGACUUGUUUAUGAACCAAUUUAACACUGUCUUGCUUACAUCGAUCUCUGUGUUCAUCCAAGGGACUCUCACUAUUGCCAAUCUGGGAACAUCUGGUGGACGUUUCAUGCAGGUUGUGAUAUCACGCUCGGGUCAAACAAAACCACACAUCAAUUUUCUCCUUGAUUCAAAUCCUGUUUCUCCAAUAGUAGUCAUCAACCAAACCUCCACUGAAAAUGGCUAUACACUGGUUAGCACAGGAAUGCAGAUCUCAAAGGUUCCUUUGAUAGGCUCGGGUUGUGAACAUUUCAAGUCCUGCAGCCAAUGCUUUUCAGCUCCUUCUUUUAUGAAGUGUGGAUGGUGCAAGAACCGGUGUUCCCGAAAGCAUAAGUGUUUGAAUGAAGAGUGGACACAAGAUUCAUGCUCUCCAGUUGUUCAUAAGAUUUUCCCAACUUCUGCCCCCUUGGAUGGUGGUACUUCAUUAACAAUAUGUGGAUGGGAUUUUUUUCUUAGUAAUAACAAUUUUGACUUUACAAAUACCAAAAUCCUUGUUGAUAAGGAAAAAUGCAAAAUAGAUGGAAAAUACAGUAACCAAAACAAGUUGGUGUGUAAAACUGCCUCUGUAAUCAGCCCCAAGUUUAACGUAAGCAGUAGCGUAUCAAAUGGAAAACAGGCUGCCAGCUUUAACACCUUUUCUUACGUGGACCCUGGGAUUUCAAACAUUAAUCCACAUUAUGGACCAAAAUCGGGAAGAACACUGCUUACUGUGAAAGGUCAUUAUUUAGACAGUGGUAGAGACAGGAACAUUUACAUUGGAGAAGAAAAAUGUGUCAUCAAAAGCGUAUCCAGUACCUUUAUAGAAUGCUAUACACCCAAGCAAACGACUGCUGCUGCGUUUCCCGUAACUCUACAAAUUGACAAUGCCAACAGAGAAACAAACAUAAAGUUUAUCUACAAAGAAGAUCCUAUUGUUAUCAAAAUCCAUCCAGCAAAAUCUUUCCUAAGUGGUGGGAGCUCCAUUACAGCCCAAGGGAUAAACUUGAAUGCAGUCGAUUCCCCAAGAAUGCUAAUCCAAUUGUCAAAACCAGAUUUACGCUACAAUGUGUCUUGUAUCCAUAGAUCUGCAUCAGAAUUAAUUUGCUGCUGUACCCCUUCCUUGAAAGAUUUAAAUCUGGAGCCACCCAUUUUCACCAAGGUUUCCUUCAUUAUGGAUGGAGUAACAUCUACUAACUUUGAAUUCACUUACGUACAUAAUCCUGUUUUUGAAACGUUCGAAAAGCCAUUCAUUGUUUCAAUGGGGAACAAACAUAUCUUAGAAAUAAAGGGAGAUCAUAUUGAUUCUGAAGCUGUGAAAGGAGAAGUACUGAAAGUUGGUAAUAAGAGCUGUGACAUUGUUCAAUCCAAAUCAGAUUCUGUCUCUUGUGCCAUUCCCACUGACCUGUUAAAAUCCAACAGCGAGUUAAAAAUAGAGUUCGUGCAAGGAAUAUCCUCUGUCGUCAUUGGCAAAGUGAUGGUUCAACAGAAUCAGGAUUUCACAGGAGUAAUCACUGGUGUCAUGGCUUGCGUAAUUCUUCUGUUUAUAAUACUGGGGCUUUUUGUGUGGAUUAGAAAGAGAAAACAACUGAAAGGUACAGGGGGUGAUCUGGUUCUGUAUGAUGGAAGAGUACAUACUCCACACUUGGACAGACUUGUGAGUGCACGGAGUGUUAGUCCAACCACGGAAAUGGUGUCAAGUGAAUCAGUAGACUACCGGGCCACCUUCCAGGAAGAUCAGUUUCCGCAUUCAUCUCAGAAUGGAUCGUGUCGACCAGCUCAGUAUCCCCAUAGGGACCUGUCUCCCAUUUUGUCAAGUGGUGAUUCAGAAAUAGCCAGCCCUCUGUUGCAGAACCAAGUCCACAUUGACAUAACUGCUCUAAGCGCCGACCUUGUGAAAGAAAUCGAGCAUAUAGUCAUUGGUGUGGAUAGCCUUCUAGUGCACUUUAAUAAAGUCAUAGGCAGAGGGCACUUUGGCUGUGUUUAUCAUGGAACUCUUUUGGAUACCGAUGGAAAGAAAAUUCACUGUGCUGUGAAAUCUCUGAACAGAAUUACAGACAUUGAAGAAGUUUCCCAGUUCCUGAAAGAAGGCAUCAUUAUGAAAGAUUUUAGCCAUCCCAAUGUCCUUUCCUUGUUGGGUAUCUGUCUGCCUACCGAGGGUUCACCUUUGGUUGUUUUACCAUUUAUGAAACAUGGAGAUCUACGAAACUUCAUACGGAACGAAACACACAGCCCAACAGUAAAAGACCUCAUUGGAUUUGGCCUGCAGGUUGCAAAAGGGAUGGAAUACCUUGCAAGCAAGAAAUUUGUUCACCGGGAUCUUGCUGCAAGAAAUUGCAUGCUUGAUGAGACUUUUACAGUGAAGGUUGCAGACUUUGGACUUGCAAGAGAUGUUUACGACAAGGAGUACUACAGUGUCCACAACAAAACCGGAGCAAAACUACCAGUGAAAUGGAUGGCUUUGGAAAGCUUGCAAACGCAAAAGUUUACUACAAAAUCUGACGUGUGGUCGUUCGGUAUACUGUUAUGGGAACUCAUGACAAGAGGAGCACCACCAUACCCUGAUGUGAACUCUUUUGACAUAACUAUCUACUUGCUACAAGGACGUAGACUACUACAGCCUGAAUACUGCCCUGAUCCACUGUUUGAAGUAAUGCUGAAAUGCUGGCAUCCGAAACCAGAACUACGUCCAACGUUUUCUGAACUGGUCUCAAGAAUUUCUUCUAUCUUCUCCACUUUCAUAGGGGAACAUUACGUUCUUGUUAAUACCACAUAUGUCAACAUAAAAUGCACAGCUCCCUAUCCCUCCCUUCUGUCCUCAGAAGAUAACAUGGAUUUCAACGUGGAAACGUGACCAAAUAUUACUACAGUUAUUCAAAUCGAAACCUUUUGUUAUUCUGGUUUUUACAUUUUAUUUUUUUAUUGCACUAGAAAAGAACUUUGCAAGUUUCUUGUUGCAGCUACAAAUUGCUGUAGAAGAAAUGGUACGAUAUUUCUUUCUUUUAUUUUGUGAU